GAUACGCAAGAACUCACUCAUCAGUUUGUUGUGUGUUUGAGAAAUAGUUUAAUUUUAGCUAGUUUUGUUGCUCAUUUAGUUACAUGCUCAUUUUAAAAUGGACAACAUUGGAAGUUUAGAAGUCAGGUGGAUACAAGGCUUUACAAACAAGAGUAUCGACUUUGUGGACAAUGAAACAGUAUGUUACAUAUGUGGGAGUCAUAUCUGUUUCCUGAACAUGGAGACAAAAACCCAAAGUGUGUUUCAGAGUCCUGGCAGAGGCAUUGGUGCAUUAACAGCUAACAGCAAGAGUGGGAUUUUUGCUUUCUCUGAGCAAAAACUAUCCCCCUCUAUAUUUGUGUACAUUUUCCCCGAGCUUCAGUUGAAGAAUGAGCUAAAAGGAACAGCCCAACUGGACUACACAUCUCUGGCAUUAUGUGAUGGUGGUCCUUAUUUGGCCUGUUGCUCCACUCUUCCUGACCACACCAUUACAGUGUGGAACUGGGAAAAUGCUGAGUCACUUUGUACACAACCACAUGCUGGAAAAGAUGUCAUUUCUUUGGUUUCCUUUGAACUGGUACCAGCUUUGUGCUUUGGGUGCUACAUCCCUCACUGUCUGGAAUAUUGAGAAGAGUGCCAGCUUUCAUGUCCUGAAACCAAGUACGAUAGAGUUUCCAGCAAAAGAUGGGUCCAUUAUUGAGAGACUGUCACCCACCCUUCACAUGACUAAACCUUGUACCAGAGCCAGACUGACUCCUUCUGCCAUCUGCUGGACAGCCACAUCAGAGCUUUAUGUGGGCUGUGAGGAGGGCUUUCUGCUCCUUGUUGAUCCAGAAAGCCUUUCUGUCUCACUUCUCUUCAACCCCACAACUGCAGAUGCCACCUCUGAACUCCAAGAGAGCAGCUUUCAAAGCCUAACCUUUAAUAAGAACAAUCUGAUCGCUGUAGGGAAGGUACAAACCCAUGCACCUUUUAACACCUGUAUGAUGUCUUUAAACAUAACAGAUCCUCCAUUAAUUUGCCGCAAUCAUGCAUUGCUCACAGUCAAAUCAAAGCUUAAGAGCUCAGGCCGUACACAGUGUUAAGAGUAUGUCUUUAAAUAUCAGUGUUACCAGAAGUAAUGUUACUAAUAGAAGAUGCACCUCUAUAAGUUGUGGCUGAUAUCUAAUAUAGAUAUGCUGUGCUUUUUUUUUCCAGCAGAUGCUUUAUUCACUCCAGAGAAGCUACCCAGUGUGUUGUUCAGCAGUGAAUUCAAUUUUACAUAACAUCUAGUACAAAAAUAGCAUCUGAUUGGUCAGUGAUGUCUGUCUGUCUCUAUAAUAAGUAGUAACAAGUAAUCUACAUGAAAGAUAAUACUUUUAGAAAUGCUUUCUAACAGAAAUACCUCUCAUACUGUACAGGUCCAAACAGAAACAGCAUUUAUCAAACAGUACAGCAGUGUUUUGUUUUCAGUCAUACUGCUGCAAGUCUGAUGGCAGCUAUUAAGAGUUCUAAUUUCCUUUUUUUAUUACUUUU